UUUGUUCAACAACAUGUCACACCUAUAUAUAAAGUACCUACAGAAGAACAAAUUGCUAUCGCUCAAUAUGAUUAUAAUGAUCGAUUGAUUCAAUUAGAAUAUUACCAACAAAAUGCAAAUGAAUAUCAAAAACAAAUAUUUGAAAAUCUUACUCAAGCCAAAUAUGAAAAAGAAACAUCUAAAUUUGAUGUAGCAAUAUUAAAACAACGUAUGGUUUAUAAUCAUUUACUACAAUCAUUUGAAUCACUUAAAAUACCUCCACCCAUAUCAUUCGAUACAAUUAUUGAUACGAUGACUCGUCAACAUUUAAAGGAUCGAUGUGAGAAAAUUUUACAACGAACGAAAUCCGAAAUGAUGAUGAUUUAUAUUACAACAGCCGAAGCAAAAAUGAAUGAAUAUGAAAAGAAAUUUGAUACAGACUUGGCUAAAAUGAAAGAAAAUCAAUCUUCUGACUCAUCACAUAAAAAAUUAACUCAAACAAUGUUGAAUAUUAUGGAACGACGUUUUAAGAAUAUUAAUGAACGUCUUAUAUGUCUUUACAAAUUAAAAUUGCGUUUUUUCGUCAAUGCUCCGACGAAUUCAACUUGUUACGAACUGAUUGAAACAAUUAAUGAAAUUAAUACAGAACAACAACAAUUAGAAGGAAUUAUUCAAUCUAUUGAUUUACAACUAGAAAUAUUAUAUCAAAGAAAAUCGAUUAAAGAAGAUCAUUUAAUCAGAUUAAGUAUUGGCAAAAAAACAAAUAACAAUCUUCCAUAUCUUUAUUUCUUACCAGAAACAAAUGAAAAUGUUCAUAUGUCAGUACAACCACGACUAUCGUCAUGUCAUCAUUGUUCAAUAUAUACUCUAGCUACUUAUCUUAAUCAACUUCUUCGACCAUUAUUUGAUAAUUUUUCACGAUCAACAACAUUUCUUAAUGGUGGUGAUUUUAUACAAAAACUACAAUAUUAUUGUAUACAAUCAGGUCUUCUUCUACCGAAAACAUAUUUUGCAACAUUUAAAAUUCAUGAUUUAUAUACGAAGAUAUCACAUUCGGCUCUUCUUGAAGCAUUAGAUAUAUUUCUAGUAAAUCCAUUUGUCAAUGGUCGACAUCAAAAAUUAUCAAGUGAUGCUAUUCAACAAUUACCUGCAAUAGUCUUACGAAAUAAUGUUUUCUCUUACAAUGGAAAAAUCUAUCGAUUUAUUCAAGGAGGUCCAUUAAAUUUACCAUUAAUAGAAUUAUUAUGUCAUAUUUAUAUGUAUCAUUGGCAAUAUUCAUUAGUUACACAUAUUUGUUUGAAAGAUGCAUUCUAUGGUCGAUAUAAAGAUACAGGUUUUUUAACAUGGAAUGGUCCGAUUGAUCAAUUGCAAACAUUAUUCAAUAAACUUGAACAAGAACUGGAUUCGAAUCUUCAAAUGACAACAUUUAUUAGUAGUGAUGUUCAUUUUCUUCAUGCUGCUAUUGAAAAUCGAAAAGGAUCUUUACAUACUCAUGUCCAUCAUGAUUCAACAAUUCAACCAUUUUUAUUACCUUAUGAGCAUUGUCAUCCACGAUUAUUUCAUCGACAAUGGUUUCGAGCUGCUCUUAUACGUGCUGGUCAAUAUUGUAGUUCGUUCGAAGAUUUUGAAGACGAACGACUUUAUAUUGAAUUAACAUUUCUGGCUAAUGGGUAUUCAUUAGAUUUUAUCAAGUAUCAUAUCAAACGAUUCUUGACAAGAUUUAAUCCAAAUGAACAAAAAUCAAUGAAUUUGAACCGAUCUACAUAUCUUUCAUUUCGUAAUGAAUUAUUUUGUUGUAUCGAUCAACAAAAACGUGAUCUAUUCGAAGAACAACAACUACAAAAGAAUCAUCAAUUAAUUCAAUUACAUUAUCUUUUCGAUUGGGGUUCAAGAUGUCAAUUCAAUCAAAAGUUGUAUCAAUAUUGGUCUACAAUUCUCGAGCAAGAUCCAGAGUUUAAAAAAUAUAAAUUAAAAAUCAAACUUAAUACUAAACAUUGUUAUUCAUCGAAUACUCUCUUGGCUCGAUCGAAUAAUACAUAUCUAUGA